GUGCACCUUUGCUGGUGCUCUUGUGUUUAGGAAAUGCACAAUGUCAGAAAAAGAAUAUUCUGUUUUUCGCCUCAGACGACAUGCGACCAGAACUCGGAGCCUUCCUCGGUCCUGACUUUCCAUCUCCAGUUCAUCCGACGGUUCAUUCUCCAAAUCUAGAUGCGUUAGCCGCCCAGAGUUUACUGUUAAAGCGGGCUUAUGUUCAACAAGCUGUUUGUUCUCCAACGAGAACAUCUCUACUAACAGGACGUCGUCCGGAUACAACUCACGUUUACGACCUGAUUCAUUACUUUCGGAAUGUAGGUGGAAAUUACACAACAAUUCCAGAGUUUUUCAAGAAUAACGGCUAUAGGAGUAUUGGAAUGGGGAAGAUAUUUCAUCCCGGAAGGGCAUCUGGAUUUGAUGAUCCGAUUUCCUGGUCUGAACCGUACUAUCAUGCACCAGAUCAAAAGUUCCGAUCUGUGAAUUUCAGUUGGAGGGCGGUCUCUAAAGACGAAUACAACAUUCGCCCACUACCAGAUAUGCAAAUAGCCGAUAAUGCUAUCAAGACCCUGAAUCGAGUUGCUCCAGCUGCUAAAAGUGGAAAUCAAAAUUUCUUUGUUGCGGUUGGCUUCCAUAAACCCCACCUGCCCUUUGUUUUCCCAGAAGAAUUUCUGUCUCUUUAUCCGAAAGAAAGCAUACGAUUACCAGAUAAUCCCCAUGCUCCAGUAAAUAUGCCUGAAAUAGCCUGGAUUAAUUACAUUACAGAAGAGUUAGGAGUAUAUCAUGACAUCAAUCGUCUGCAUGCAACCGGCGCCAUUAACACUACGCUGCCUGAUGACGUAGUGAUAGAUCUUAGAAGAGCUUAUUAUAGCGCUCUGUCGUAUACGGAUUCUUUAGUAGGGAAAGUAAUGGCAGAAUUAGUGAAGUUGGGUUUAGCGGAAAGUACGAUCGUUUCAUUUUGGGGAGAUCAUGGUUGGCAGCUUGGUGAACACGGUGAAUGGUGUAAACAUACUAAUUUUGAAGAUGCAACUCACGCACCUAUGAUGGUUCGCGUCCCUGGAUUGACCGAUAAAGGGUUGGUAACAGAACGCCUAACGGAAUAUGUUGAUCUCUUCCCAACCCUUGUUGAAGCAGCAGGAUUUGAUCCACUACCUCUUUGUCCCGAAGACUCAACUACAACAGCUCUAUGUAGAGAAGGAACAAGUUUGAUACCACUGAUGCAAGACCCAACUCGGGAAUGGAAGGUCGGUGUAUUUUCCCAAUAUCCACGGAAUAAUUAUACUGUGAUGGGAUAUACUUUAAGGACCGAUAAAUAUAGAUAUACAGAAUGGCCAGCGUUUACCAUGUCCCCUGUUUACAAACCAGAUUGGAAUAAACUUUAUGGUGUAGAACUUUAUGACCAUUCUGUGGACCCAGAAGAAAAUUAUAACAGAUUUAAUGACCCUCAGUACCAAAAUAUAGUAGAACAACUUAGUUCUCAGCUUAGGAAGGGUUGGAGGUACAUGCAGCCCACAGGUACAAUGCUUGGUCACUGAUACAUGUUUUGUGUGUUAAGAAGGAAAAUAAACCAGUUUUUAUUAUCAAUU